GAUGAAGUAAAUUUGAAGUAUUCAAAAUUGCAGGCAAAACGUGAGCACGAUGUAUCAAUGCUUCACCAUGUUCGCCUGGAACAAGCUGGUGACGACUGCGAGCAUGUCUGUCGAAUAUGCAAAUUUAUUUGCAAGGAGUUAUCUGAAUAUUCAAAGCAUGUUGAUACAACAACGCAUAAAGAGAAACUGACACAUGUUCGAAUGCGACGUGCAGUUUUUGAAGAUAUCAGUGAAGAUUCGACAAUACCGCCAUUUGAAGAUAUUGUAGCGAACUUACGAUAUGUGAUCGAAGAACCGCUGCAAAGUCCUACCUCAUCGCCUCAUCGUGGCGCAGCGGUGACCCUGGCCGUCUGA